UGCAGCAUGUCAACACGCGUUUCUCCUGCGUUUGAGUCCGUGGAGCUCAACUCCAGCAGUUCAGUGUCAGCAGAUGCUCAGCUGAUGUUGAGUGACUCUACACAGACAGCUGGAGACAAAACCACCGUCCCAACAGGAGCUUCAGAACAAGAGGCUUCUUCUGCAGCAGCCGCUAUAGAGAACAGCACAACAGAAAAACAAACCAAAAAGAGGAAGAAGAAAGGCUUCCGAGUAUUCUUCCGGCGAAUAGGGAAGGCUAUAAAGCUUUGCACCCUAUGUUGCUACGGAGAUGACAUAUUGCCCCCAUUUCCAUGCGACAAACCAGCAGAUCUCCAGCCAGGUUUAUCUGGUCUUGAAUGGGCGUUAUCAAUCGAUCCAUGUCCAUCUGGUAUUGAGCUGACAGUUAACGCCGAUCCAGUCGAUCCUGAGCCGUCAUCGGUCUCAGGACCAUCCAGCCUUGAGGUGACACCUGACAGUGAUCCGGCUGAUCUGGAGCCAUCACUUGUCCCAGGUCCAUCCAGCCUCGAUUUAAAGUUAACCCUGGAUCCAGGUAUAUCCACACUGGUUUCUGAGACGAUGAAUGUCCCAGGACCAUCUAGACUUGAGGUAAUGCCUGUACCAAGUCUAUUUAUUAUUGAGCUAAAACCGGAUGUGGAUCCAGCCGAGCCCAAGCCGCCAUCUGUCUCAGGUCCAUCCACACUGGAUUCUGAGAUAACACCUGUUCCAGGUUCAUCUGGUUUUGGGGCAGCUGUUGAACAACAAUCAAAAAUAAGGAAGAAGAAAGGCAUCUGUGCAUUCUUCUGCCGAACAUGGAGGGCUGUUAAGGGCGCUGCCCUCUGUUGCCAAAGGGGCAACAAAGUGGCUCCAGAUCCAUUUGCCACUGACCCAGUGGCUCGCCAGGAUUCAUCAGAUCUCCAGCCAGUUUUAUUCAGCCUUGGUUGGCUAACACUUAAUGCUGAGCCAACAAAUCUGGAGUCAUCACCUGUCCCAGGUCCAUCUACACGGAAUAAUGAGCCAAUUCCUGCCCCACGUCAAUCUGGUUAUGAGCCAGUAGUUGGACCAUCCAGUCAUGAUGUAAUGCCUGUCCUAAGUCCACCCAUUCUCAGGCUGACAGCUGACAUGGGUUUGGACGUUCCUGAACCAAAACCUGUCCCAGGUUCAUCCGGUCUUGAGCUGACAGCUGACAUGGGUCUGGAUGUUCCUGAGCCAAAACCCAUCCCAGGUUCCAGUCUUGAGCUGACACCUGUUGUGGAUUUGGAAGAUCCCGAGCCGCCAUCUGCCUCGGGUCCAUUUAGUUACAGGCUAACACCUGACACUGAUCUGGACAAUCCUAAACAAAAACCUGUUCCAGUCCUAUCUGGUUUUUGGCCUAUUGCAGCAUCAUUUUCCUCCCGUUAUGAUGUGGGAGUGAAGUUGGGACAGGGAGGCUUUGGUACUGUGUAUGAGGCAACUCGCAGAUCUAAUGGCCAGAAGGUUGCUAUCAAAUUUCUACCUAAGAAGCCCUGGAACAUUUUUAUUAAUGUGCCUGGAUCUACACAACCUCUACUGUCAGAAGUGGCUAUGAAUGUGAUGGUGUGCACACCUCCAAAAAGCCCCCACAUCGUACAAAUAAUCGAGUGGUUUGAUCAACCACAUCAGUUCAUCAUAGUUAUGGAAUAUCUGCAUCUGUGUGAGACCUUGCUGGCAUUUACCAUGCGCCAUGGAAGUCGCCUAGAUGAAUCCGUGGCACGUGGCUUAAUGCGGCAAGCGGUGCUUGCAGCCAAACACUGCAUUGAACGGGGCAUCUUCCACAAUGACAUCAAGACGGACAACAUGCUGGUCAACACAGAGACGCUGCAGCUCAAAUUACUAGACUUUGGCUGUAGUGAGCGUAUUAACACCUCUUGCUCUAAAGAUUAUGAAUGGGCAGUCGGAUCAACAGUCUGGUCUUUGGCUAUGGUGCUUUUGGAGAUAGUGAGCGGAGACCAGCCCAUAAGUGUUUUUCUCUCCAAAGCACGUGAUCCUUUGAUUCCAAAUUUCUCCACUGGUGAGACAACAUCACAUAAUGACAAUAACACUGUUAAACGCACACACAUAAAGCCAUGGCACAAUAUCAGGGUAUUCUCAACUACUAAAUAUAAAAGGGAAAACUGA